AUGGAUGCGCGGCGGUGGCAGUCCCCGGCGGCGGCCGCCGCGGCAGCCGAGGCGGCGGAGGAGGACGCGGGCGGCGGCGGAGGUGGGCCCUCGAGGCGGCCGCCGCGCCGCGGGGUGCACCGCGCGUCGCCCUACGGGCCCGGCCCGCGGCGGUGGCUCCCGAAGGCUCCGGUGGCUUCUAGGAUCUUCCCCGCCGUGUCCCUCGACCGCGCCGCCGCCGACAAUAAUCGGGUGGAUCAGCGUGAGUCGAUGGACGUAACACAUGAAGCCACCAGUUUCACAUAUGGAGUAAGCAGAAGUAACUCAACGGAACCAAACACCGAUGCUAUAACCAAUGUGGCUCCGGCGCUUGUAAAUAAAGUCAAUCUACUGCCUGGUGGCGACCACAUACAUCAAAAUGGUGGCAGUGUGCUCAGUGAAAUCGAGAAGAUCAUCAAACAGAAUCAAUUUUCGAGGGAUGAAACAGAACGCCUAAUAGAGAUCAUGCGUAUGAGGACUCCUGAUCUUUAUGAUGAAGAUCAACGAGCUCUAAAGCAUUUUGCAAAAGAUAGUGAAGCUACACCAUUUUCAAACAAACUGGUGACAGCUGCAAAACCAGAUGCUCAAAAUUGGGGGAUUGAUGUCUUUGCACCACCAAUUGUGCAUGAUGUUGGUACUUCACCCAUUGAACUUGCAAGAGCUUAUAUGGAAGCACAGACAUCAGCAACUGUACAUGAGUCCCAAAAGAGGAAAUUCAGAGCUUUGAGUCAUGGAGUUGAAAUUGAUAAUUCAGCAUCAAAACUAUUCCCUAAAGUAGCUGUAGACUCUACUGUAGGGUGGCCAGGUUCAGUUGUCAGAGACCAUACAAACUAUCUUACACCACAAAGUAAUAAAAGAAGGACCCUUCCUCCAGCUUCAUCUCGCUCACCUUAUUCUGGCCCAGUUUUCCGAAAAUCUGUCAAGAGAACAGGAAAUCUUGAUACGUACAGUAACUCAUCUGUCCGGCCACAACUUUCAACACCUUUUUCUGUUGGAAGUAAGAGAACAGGAAAUCUUGAUACGUACAGUAACUCAUCUGUCCGGCCACAACUUUCAACACCUUUUUCUGUUGGAAGUAAGGCAAUACUAGAGGAUAGAACGACAACAACCGACGAUGUUCUUGGAGUGCAACCAUCAAUCUCCUCGGAAAGAGCAUGUGCAGAUACUGAUUGCACUAAUACUCCCUUCUUCCCCAGAGAUGGUUAUGCUGCUACGAAGAAUCCUACAUUCAGCUUAGAGAGACCUCAUGGUAAAGGCACCAUAGAUAGUGGCUCAGCUAUUGGACGCAUACCAGCGGUAGACAAUUCCAGGCGUGCUGCUCUAUCUGUUCAUCCCAAGUCAAGCCAAACAGCUCAGAAAAUACUCCAGCAUCUCGAGAGGACAAUUCCUUCCCCUACAGCAAAGCCAUUAGACCUAAGGCGAACUGCAAAGAAAACUACUCCUGUUGUCAUCAGCAGCCCGUAUAAAUUUCCUGAUUCCAUUACUGGUAAUGGUCCUAGACAGAGCAGUGUCAAUGAGCGUGGCAGUGCUUACCAGGCAAUUUCAGAUGUGAAGGUUCAGGAACCUCCAAGCAGCUCCAAUCGUGAGGUGCCUGCUCCGAAGAUCCAGAGCCACGUGACCAACCCUGAAGCCGCUGAAGUGACCAGUUCACAGCAUCCUCCAAAAACCAACUUGACAACUGCACCAGCUGCAAUGGUCUUGGAGAAAAGCACAAACAAUGGUUUCAUGUUCUCGUUUCCUGUCACCAAGACUUCGGUUUCACUUCCAGAACCGCCACCUACGCCUACUUUCUUCUCACCGCCAAAAAGGAGCCUGCCAGCUGAUGUUGAAGAUAUCCCCAAGUUUACCUUUGGCUCAUCAGGUUGUGCUGAUAACCUCAUUUUCACUGUCGAUCCAGCGAGCGGCUCUGCUGGUGCAGAUGAGGUGGCGCCAACCUUCAGUUUUGGGUCUGAAAAGAAGCGUGAGCUGUCUUUCGAUGUAGCUGGCAAAGGCGCAGUUUGCAUUUGAGACGGGAAGCCUCUGCUAUUUGCUGGAUUAACAGCACCAUUUGUAACGCACGAUACUUGACCUAUACGAGAAAAUACCGGUCUUGUGUACCGGUGUUCUCUAAAAUUUUGUAUGUUCCUGAGCCCUGUGCCAUAUGCAGGAUCCCUUUCUUUCC